CCGCAGGAUACCAUCAUCUCUACUCGACACACUAACGCUCCAGCAACAUGGACUCGGAACUAUUCGACUACCUCGUCAAGACCUUGGACCCCACUGCGUUCAGGGAUCAACCCGCGCUGCAGCCCGCGCCCGCGCCCGAAAAGGCGUGCAAUCAGUGCGGGGACGACGACCGCGACAUGAAAAUAAGCCCCGAAUCUUUCAUCAAGAUCUGCAAUGGUCUCAAGAAGGAGUUCUCCCGUGGCGUCGUCCCUCAGGACGCCGACAUCAUGAAAUGCACCAUAACGGACUUGUGCGAUACUUACAUCAACGACACGAUGUUUGCCGAAGUAAUCGAAUGCCUCGUCCGCGAAAUACCCGUCUCAUUACCAGGGAGCGCGGUUCUCGAGCAGCUGAUCGACGCAGCAUUCGUUCGCGCGGGCGCCAUGAACCUCUGGGAACUCACCAUGGACUUGCUCGUCCUCGGCGCGCAGCUGAAGUCGGAAACGAAAACAUUUCUGGCCAGUAUGCCCUCCGAAUGGAAGAGCACGCCCCAAAACGCGCUUUCCGAAUCCGACGCAUCCCGAGGUCCACUGCGGCCGUCCGCGUCAGGACACGACAACCUCGGCACGCCGACGGCCGACGCGGAACCGUUCAAGGCAGCAGCCGCCUCGCCCACGAAGCUCCCGUUACCAAACCUCCAUCUUCCGGAAAAGCUGACGCACGAUGCGCGCCAACGAGUGGCGAAGAAGCUCGGGAAGGAGAACAGCAUCGCCACGAUGGUCGGCAUGUUGAAUAUCACCAAGAACAGCACCGCUGCGCAAUGACCGUCUGUAUGCGUUACAUGCC